CUAGCUGGAGCCUGUAGUUAGCGUCAGGCGCAGAUAAUCGAAUGAAGAAUGAUGUGAUCUGUCAGUUCUGCUCCUUUUCCAGACUGGAUGGCCGCGAGUGAUUGGUCUCUGUGCUCUGUUAGUACAGUCUGAUGCUCCAUGUGUUGAAUGGUGGCUUACUGCGUGGGACGAGCUGGUUCUGACGGUAGCGGUAGGUCCUGCCCGGGAGCCUGUGGACGGACGGACAGGUUGCGAUGGCGUCUCUGGUGAGUAAGGACUCCUAUCUGCAAAGUCUGGGCAAGAAGGUCUGUGCGCAGCCGAGUAAAGGAACGCCGAAACGUAGAGCAGACGAAGUUUUUAGAAGCCGAAAUCCAGAGGAGCCUCAUGGCCCCAAGAAGAAGAAGAAGCUGAGAAAGCUGAGGCCGGAGCGAGGCAUGCAGGGACGUGCCCACAGGCCGCCAGUAAUGGUCUCUGUACCGCACAGGACAGAGCCGGCUCUGAGCUCCUUCUCCACAGUUGACCUACUAAGGAAAUGUCUCCAUGAAAAGAUUGAGGAGUCUCGGGGGCAGGUUUCCAACAAAACUCUUUCCACUGAAGAGAUCAAUAAAAAGCGACAAAGGAGGAAGCAAGAGAGAGAGCGGAAGAAGAGGAAAAGGAAGGAAUUGAAGAUGGAGACACAACAGACGCCACAGGCGGAAACCUCCUCAGGGGAGAAGAGCACAGAGGACCUGACAAAGGACUCGACCCAGCCUCCACUGGUGUUCAAUAAGGUGGAGGUUCACGAUGAACCACUCAAUAAGGUCAUGAAGAAGAAAGAGAAGAAGCAAAGCGUAAAGGGCAAAAUAACACCCAUGACAGGCAAGAACUACAAGCAGCUGCUGAGCCGCCUGGAGGCCCGGAAGGGCAAACUGGAAGAGCUGAGAGCCAAAGACCAGGAGAAAGCCAAGGAGUUUGAGGACAAGAUUAAAUGGACUAAUGUUCUGUACAAAGCUGAGGGCCUGAAGAUCAAGGAUGAUGAAGGAAUGCUGAAAACCGCCCUUAAGAGGAAAGAGAAGCAGAAGGAACAGAGGAAGAAGCUCUGGGACAAGAGAACACAGAAUACAGCCGAAAAGAUGCAGCAGAGACAAGACAAAAGGAGCCGCAAUAUCAAGAAGAAGAAGGUGGCUAAGCUGGAGAAAAAGAAGAACCGGGCUCGCAAGCGUGGACGUAUUAUGCCGGAGGACUUGGCUAAAGCCAGUGUGAAGUAAUGCGGGUCUUUACAGGCACAGAGACUCCACUUUCAGGGGGAGGGUUAAUAUGGUUUAGGAGGUUGAGAAGUUUGUUCUGAGGAUUUUAUAGAAUAAAGACCUGAAUGAUGUUAUGGACUUCAGGGCUUGAAUUGUG